AUGGUCUUGGACCACAACCCUAUGCUACAGCCAAAACAGCAGGCUACUGCCAUUGAGAAUAAAUACCAGCCAAAAUCAAUGCUUCCCAUGGAAGAGAAAAUGGUGCUUGAAAGGAAGGUGACGGGAACAGUCAAAUGGUUCAAUGUCAGAAUGGGCUACGGCUUCAUUACAAGGAAUGACGAUAAGAAUGACUUGUUUGUACACCAGACAUCUAUCAAGAAGAAUAAUCCCCGAAAGUACCAUCGCAGCCUUGGCGAUGGGGAGACAGUGGAGUUCGAUGUGGUUCUAGGAGAUAAAGGCCUGGAAGCGGCCAAUGUCACCGGCCCCGGCGGCAUGCCCGUCUAUGGCAGCAUCUAUGCUGCAGACCGUCGCAAAUGUCCCAAGAAGGGUCCGGCUACCAGUUAUCAGCCGAGUUACGACAUUCGGGAGAGUAUGCCGAAGAGUCAGGUGGAUGCUCCAGAUGAUGAGGGCCGUGAUCAGCAGUCCAUGUUUUACACCCUGCACAGAGCCUUCAGGAUUUUACCCCGCUAUUCCAACUCACCUCUGCAAGCAGACGUAGUGCCUGCUAAAGCCCGAGUUGCACAAGUUGAACAAAGAAAACCAAUGAAAGAGGGCAUAUGCCAGGACAUCCAGCAGCUUUUUGGCUUAGGGCAGCACUGUCUGAGACAGCCUAAAGAGGAAGGCCAUAAAGAAGCUAAGGAGAAACACCAGGCAAGUAGUAAGGAGACGAUGCUGAUGAUGGCAAACCGCUACAGUGAUGACAGCAACAACAGAAACCUCAUCCCUUCCCCACCCCGUAUCUCAGAGAAGAGGGGAUGCAACUACUGA